AUGGCCUUGACGACCGCGCAGCCGAGUUCCCCGCGUGGACGCUUUCGAGAUGUCGUUCCUGGUGCGAACCUGGGUAAUUGGAAACCCGGUCCCAAGAAUGGCAUCACGGACGUGGAAGGUGUGAUGGUCCAAACCACGACCAUCCGAGAUGGCGCAUCCAUCAACACAGGCCUCACAGCAAUCGUGCCGCGAAAAGACUGGUUCCACCAAGCUUGCACGGCGGGCAUCUUUCGUUUCAAUGGUUCUGGCGAGAUGACGGGCUCACAUUGGAUUGAAGAAACAGGUCUCCUGCACUCACCGAUCCUGAUCACCAACAGCUUUUCUGUCGGUGCCUGCUACACUGGAAUCUACAAAUACGCUAUUCAGCACUACGGGCAGCAGGAGUCCGGAGUAGACUGGUUUCUGCUCCCUGUGGUAGCGGAGACGUUCGACGGUCACCUCAAUGAUAUUAGCCAGUUUGCCGUCACUCCGGACCACGUGGUUCAAAGCUUGACCGAGGCCUCGAGUGACCCAGUUCCUGAAGGCAAUGUUGGCGGCGGCACGGGCAUGAUGUGUCAAGGGUUCAAGGGAGGGACGGGGACUAGCAGCCGAGUAGUGCCAGGCGUCGAUGGCAAACCCUACACCAUCGGAGCUCUCGUGCAGGCCAACUACGGGCGGAUGCGAGACUUGCAUAUGUGUGGCAUCCCAGUUGGGCGAAUCCUGGCAGCAGAAGCAGAGAAAGACGCUGCGUCGGCAGCCAAAAAAGCCGAGUACGACGCGGCCAAAGAUAAAAAGGACGGCUCCAUCAUUAUCAUCCUUGCUACCGAUGCCCCGCUACAUCCCAUCCAGCUUCAACGUCUCGCUAAACGAGCCACAGUCGGACUGGCUCGCGUGGGCGGUUAUGGCCAUAACCCGUCCGGAGACAUCUUUCUUGCAUUCUCAACGGGCAAUGCGAUUCCGGUCCAAACGGACAGCGGCCAGGUCGAUCGUUUCAAGGCUAGGGAGCUGGACAUGAGCUUCAUUGACGACCAGUCGAUCAAUGGGUUGAUUGAAGCGGCUGCCGAUGCUACAGAGGAAGCCAUAUAUAAUGUCCUUUGUAUGGCAGAGACAAUGACGGGAAACCAGAAUCGCACUGUCGAGGCUUUGCCCUUGAAGAGAGUGGCGGACAUUAUGUCAAAGUUCCAAGAGACAGAGAGUGUUUGUUUGGGGAAUUAG